CGACCCACCGCGAAGGAUUUACUGAGACAUCGUUUCAUAAGGAAUGCACGUAAUACGUCAUCGUUGCAAGAGCUGGUUGAACGAUACGAUAGUUGGAAAAUAAGUGGAUCACACAGAGAUCCAUCGAUGACGAUGCAGAAUAGAAUCUCAUAUGCGUCUUGGGACUUUGAAACAAUAAAGCAGGCAUACCUGGAUGGUACGCUUCGGUUAGAUCCAGAAGCUUCUAGAGAUUUGAGGCAAACUUUGGUAAGUUUGAAUAUAGUUUCUUCUCAGAUUAUCGUGAAGUGCCUGAUUCUAAGUCAUUUUUAUGAUGACCAGGCUUCCGUUUCAUCGAAGAAUUCUACGGUAAAAUUAUCAAAUAUCUCUAGAAAUUCAUUCUUCGAAGGCUUCGAUACGGGAACGGUGACUGGUACAUCAAGUAACAUCGAUGUCACAGAAAAUAACGAUACAAUCGAUCUACUGAAUGUUAACGAUGGCCUUGAUACUGUACGCGCUCCAAGGCCUUUUAGCGUAAAUCUCUCAACCAGUAACCGUUCUUCUGUUGUUUCUCUUUCAAUGUUUCCUCGAAAUAUUCCUGUCGUUGAACCGGUUACAGAAGAGGGAAUUGUUGGAAGGCAAUUGGUUGAUCAAGUAAUCAUCCCAUCCAUAGAAAAAAUUAAAUCAAAUGAAUUAAGAGCAAAUGAUAUUGAGGCGCUCAGCUUAUUUGAAAAAGGAAUAGAGGAACUGGGUCAGACUAACCCUGAUUUAGUCAUCACUACUUUGACCGAAAUACUGUCGCGAUUAAAAAUCAACAUCGAAAUAUGCGAAAAGUUAUCGGAUCUAGGCGUUGUUUCUGAGGCGUUUUUAGAAACUCCAGAGUUGUCCAUAAAUGCAACAUCUUCAUCAUCCUCGCAAGCGAAUGAUGAUGAUUCCUCAUCCAUUAAAGUUUCUUCUGAAAAAAUUGAUUCUAAUGAACCAGAGGAGAAGCCAAAAUCAGGGAUAUCAGAAAUGUUAUAUGUAAAAUGGAUUGAACAAUUACGGAUGAAAUGGCCAAUAGGUUUUGGCUCUAGUUCAUAG